AUGGCUAAUUAAAAAUCUCCGUUUGUUCACACUAUGAUAAAAUGCCAAAGAGGCCAUAACUAUGAAGAUUUAAUUUAUUACAAUGAUUUUGGAAAAAGAUUUGUUAAUUUUCACUGAGCACGUUAGAGGGUAAGUUAUUUGAGAGAUGUGCCUUAAAAAUAUAUUGAUGAUUACUAUAAUUGCGAUUUAGUCAAUAUCCCAAGUAAAUUUUAGUUAUCCUUUGAUCUACUUGAAGAAAAAAUAGAUAUCGUUAAAAAAACCCCUUAUUCUUCGAUUUCCAACAAUGGAUCGCAUAACAGCAAAGAGCUUAUAAAGUAACUUGGUUUACAAAAUUUAACACCCACUAAAUUUGAUAAAAAGAAUUUGAUUUCAUGA